AUGUUUCCUGAAGAUGACGAGGAAGAAGAAGAAGAAGACAUGGCCAAAGCUCAUGUAGAAGGUGACCUGAGCGAAGCUGAAUUAAAUUUGAGCCCUUCAGAAAUUGAAGCUCGUCUGGCGUUUCGGAAACAAAGUGCAGCGGCCAAAAAAUCAGACGUUUUCCAAAGAAUUUCUUUGAUCACCAAGAAAGGCAUAGAAGCCAAAAGCUCCGUGGAAGCAACUUCAGAAGAACUUGUUCCUGUCAAAAUACAGCGUAAAGUUUCUGAUCCCGAUGCCGGUGGUGCCGAAUGGUGGGGCAAGACACCACCAGGGGCUGAAGAUUUGUACGAAUCAGCCAGGGAAGCAAGGAUGAAGGCUUUGAAGGGUUUUGAUGAGACUAGUGAACAUGGUGCUGCUUGUUCUAAGGAUUGCCCUUGUAGACUUACUGAGGAUCAACGACUCAAACAAUUGAAAAUGCUAGAACAACUCCGUGAGCAAGAAGAAGCCGAAAACGAGCGAAGGCGAAAAGAACAAGACGACUUGGCACUUGCUGAACAGCAGAGGCUUGCAGAAGAGGCUGAAGCAGCUCGUUUGAGAGCACUUGAGGAAGAAAUGAGAAGAAAACUGGAAGAGCUGGAAGCUGAAGAAGCAGAAGAUGAAGGUCCUGGUGGUAGCGAGGACGGAGAAGGAGAAGGAGAAGACGAGGAUGAGUACGGUCUAGGUGGUGACUAUGGCUAUGGCUACGGAGGCAGAGAUUCUUUGAGGUAUCAAAAAGGCGCCCAUCGUGUUGGCCUGGAGGAGGUCGAUAGUACCUUAAGGGACCCUGUGUGCAAAGCCUGCAAGGAACCUUCUGAGGAUGAGUACGAGGUGGCGGUUAGCGAAUCGGAGGAAGGAGACGAAGAAGGUGUGACUUCUGAUAUUGCACUUUUGAGAAAAUUAGGACCACCAGCAAGUUUUAUAGAAGGAAAAGAAGGUGCCAAGUAUUACAAAAAUUGUGCAAUUGGACUGCAGACACAGAAGUAUCCUGAUGCCUUACACCAUAAAAACUUUCCCUCAAUCAUCCUCCAUCCUGGUGACUUCUACUACCACAAAACCGAGUACAGAUUCGGUCUGAAGGUUCGUCCUGGUGUCCUGAUUAAAAAAGAUGUUUCGACGGAAAUUUCUCCUGAAGAUGAUGGAAAAGAAAAAGUUAUUGGACUUGAAGACGAAAGUUGUAUCAAAGAAUGCGACGAUUUGUGUCGGAAAAUUGUCAUGAUUGUUGAUCCGUGCUGUGAGGUUAAGGAGAAAAAAAUAUAA